AUGCCUGGCUGCCCUGAUAAAUGUGGCCAUGUUGAAAUUUAUUAUCCAUUCGGAGUCGGAGAUGGCUGUUUCCUCCCGGGCUUCGAAGUCAUUUGCAACCAAAGCAUUCCAUUCAUAGCCCAAUCCAACCUCUCAAUUCUUGAGAUCUCAGAAGGAGUACGCAUCAGCUCUACUCCACUUACUGCAGAAAACUACACUCCAGCAUUAAAGCUCAUAUAUUCAAGCUUGAUCAAAUUGCCCAAAAACGGCCCUUACAGCUUUUGCUUCAACUCGAACAAAUUCAUUGUCAUAGGAUGCGAUGCAUGGGGACUCAUUGCCCAAAACAUUUCCCUAGCCACCUCAUGCUCCUCGGUAUGCAUUAGUAAGGAGAGUGUCAUUAACGGUUCUUGCAAUGGACAUGGUUGCUGUCAAGCUUCCUUGCCUUUAGUCAAUGGGUCACUUGACCCAAAAGAAUUGCCAUUAAUCGACAAAUCCUUCGACAUAUAUGUUAAUCAUGUAAAACAGAAUUUGACGAAUUACCCCCUACAUAGUUAUGGGUUUGUUGCUGAAGAUGGAAGCUAUGACUUCAAUGAAUUGGAUCUUGGGCACUUCAAUAGGAAUAUUAGUAUGAAGCUUGAAUGGGCUAUCGGAGAAGGGAACUGCCUACAAGCAGUGGAGUCAAAUUCAUGUCUAUGUGGAGAGAACAGCUACUGUAUUGAAUCGAAGAGAGGCUAUGGAUAUCUCUGCAAAUGUCAUGAGGGGUAUCAAGGGAACCCUUACCUUAACAGUACACAUGGAUGCCAAGAUGUUAAUGAGUGCAACACAGGGAGCAAUUUAACAGAUGCUUGUAAGAACAGAGUUCCAGGAUACGAUUGUUUGUCCCCAUGCAUGACUGCAGAGCAUCCUCUUGAACAGAGACAUGAAGGUCAUAAGCUAACUGCACCACUUGCCAUCGUAGCAAUCUCCAUAUUUCUUUUGCUGUGGGCACCGUGUUUUGCUUUGUUGUACCGGAUUCGUAAAAAGAGAAAUAUCACAAAUAUCAAAGACAAGCACUUCCAACAAAAUGGAGGCAUCUUGUUACAAGAUUAUUCCAUUUCUAGCAGAGGUACUUCUAGGAAACACACUAAGAUCUUCUCUGCUGGAGAGCUCAGGAAGGCAACUGACAAUUACGAUAGCAAGAGAAUCAUAGGCAGCAGUUGCCAAGGCACUGUCUACUUGGGAACCCUUGAAGAUGGAUCAAUCAUUGCUGUCAAAAAGUUAUAUGCGGUAGCCAAGAACCAUGUUGAUCAGUUCAUAGAUGAGAUUGUCGUCCUUACCCAAAUCAAUCACAAGAAUAUCGCUGAGCUCUUGGGCUGUUGCUUGGAGACUCGAGUUCCUUUCCUAGUCUAUGAGUUCAUUUUGGGCAAAACUUUAUACCAAAAACUGCAUGGAGAUGCUGACAAUUCAACUCCAUUAUCAUGGAAGAGCCGCCUCCAAAUAGCUACUGAAAUUGCGGAGGCUCUUUCAUAUCUACACUCUUGUGCUUCAAUGCCGAUAGUUCACAGAGAUGUCAAGUCAUCCAACAUAAUAUUAGAUGAGAAUCACAAAGCCAAACUCGUCAAUUUUGGAGUUUCUAGGUUUAUCCCAUAUGAUAAAACUUGGGUUUUGAUGGUGAUGAAAGGAACUAGAGUGUACUUGGAUCCUGAAUACUUUGAAACAGGAAAAUUAACAGAGAGAAGUAAUGUUUACAGCUUUGGGGUGGUUUUGGUUGAGCUCUUAACUGGGCAAACAGCAAUUCAGCAUGAGAAGACACAAGAAUACAAUAUCCUGGUUACGGAUUUCCUAUCGUGUGUUGAAAAGGGGGACUUAUUGAAGAUCUUGGAUGAAAGACUACUAGGGGAGGGGGAAACAGAUGAUUUCCAAGCAACAAUGGAGAUCACUCGAAGAUGCCUGAGUUCUAAAGGAGAAAAGAGGCCAACAAUGAAAGAGGUUCUGAGGGAGCUAGCCUUAAUGGUAAGAUGGAAGUAUCAAGUCACCAAAAUGUAG